AUGGCUCCACGAGGUGCAGCUGCAGCAAGCGGCGCCCCAGAUCCAGCUUUCAAAUUCAUUCUGAGCGUCCUCAAGCAUAGCGAGCAGGUCAAGCCGGACUGGAACGCAGUCGCCAAGGAGAAUGGAAUCGCCUAUGCGAGGAAUGCGACUGCGCGGUUCAAGACCAUCAUCGAGAACAACGGCCUCAAGUUCGAGAAUGGCUCUAUCACCGUCCCGGAUGGCGUCGGCGGCGGCAUCGGUCUGGCUACUGCUGGUGCUGGUGCCGGUGCCGUCGGAAAUGCAGCGGACGGAGGAGAUGACGAGUCCAAGACCCCCAAGUCCGCCAAGCAGACUCCCCGCAAGCGCAAGGCAUCUGCAGAAGACGGCGACGACACCACAGCACGGGGGAGCGCCAAGAAAGGCAGCCCCAAGAAGAAGAUGAAGAGCGAGCCGUUUGUCAAAGUGGAACAAGACGCCGGAGAAGCGGGAGAGAUGGCUCUGGCCAAAGCAGCCUGCGACGCCGCAAACGCCGAUGUGAAAGACGCAAGCAGUGUCGAACAGGCCAUCAAAUCCGAGGACAGGGCGUGA